UUUAUUACAGAAAGCGAAACAGAGGAGGAGAGGAGGAGGAGGAGGAAAAGAAGAAAGAUGAAGCAUUUGGUUGUGAUGUUCUUCGGGGCACUGCUGUUCAUCUUCCAGAACCGUGGAGUUUUAGCGGAAGACGGGUUUAUGAAAACCAGAGGAGUGCAGCUUGUGCUGAACGGAGUUCCGUACUAUGGACACGGCUUCAAUGCCUACUGGUUGAUGUACAUGGGGACCGACCCUUCCGAGAGGGUGAAAGUUUCGUCUGCCCUCCGAGAGGCGAAGGAACAUGGGCUCACAAUUGCAAGGACUUGGGCUUUCGCCGAUGGCGGAUACAGAGCUCUGCAGACCUCUCCGGGGUCGUACGACGAGCGAACUUUUCGGGGGUUGGAUUUUGUGAUAUCUGAGGCAAAAAAGAAUGGGAUCAAGUUGAUACUGAGUUUGGUGAACAACUAUUACAACUAUGGAGGCAAGAAACAGUAUGUGGAGUGGGCUAGAAGCCAAGGCCAAUCUCUAUCUUCUGAAGAUGAUUUCUAUACCAACUUUCUCGUGAAGGGAUUUUACAAAAAUCAUAUCAAGACUGUUCUUACGAGGAUCAACACUCUGACUGGAGUUGCUUACAAAGAUGAACCAACCAUAAUGGCUUGGGAGCUUAUGAAUGAGCCAAGAUGCACUUCAGAUCCAUCUGGAAAAACCAUUCAGGCUUGGAUAACGGAAAUGGCGUCUUACUUGAAAUCCAUAGAUGGAAAUCAUUUGCUAGAAGUUGGCCUUGAAGGGUUUUAUGGAUCAUCAAAUCCGAAAAAAAAUCCGAAUAACUAUCCAAUUGGAACUGAUUUCAUUGCAAAUAAUCAGAUCCCUGACAUUGACUUUGCCACCGUCCACGCAUAUCCCGAUCAAUGGUUAACCGGGUCAAGUUACGAAGAUCAAGUCUCUUUUUUGAACAGUUGGGUCAGUGGUCACAUCCAGGAUGCACAAAACAUUCUGAAGAAGCCAGUUCUGUUUGCGGAGUUUGGAAGGUCUUUGAAAGAGUCGGGUUAUACCACAAGCCAGCGUGACCGGAUGUUCACUGUAGUCUACUUGGGUAUCUACUCGUCGGCUAGGGGUGGAGGUGCUGCCGUUGGCGGCUUAUUCUGGCAACUUCUGGCCGAAGGAAUGAACAAUUUCCAAGACGGGUAUGGGGUUGUGUUGAGCGAGAGCUCCUCGACAGUUGGUUUGAUUGCCGAGGAGUCUCGGAAGCUUAAUGAGAUUCGGAAGAAGUAUGCCAGGUUGAGAAACAUCGAGAAGUGGAAGCGAGCGAGGGAAAGUCGAAGGGAUCGGUUCUGGUCUGGGAAUAAGGCCAAUGGUACAGAAAACUGAAUGAAGGUUGAUGUCUUAAAUCCAUGUAUGUUCAUCCAAGAGUUAAGGAUUAUAAUCUGUUUCGAAAAGCAACGAUCACACGUAGUUCGUGAGAUAUAAACGAAAGAUAGAGCUUUAUUGAUCUUAUUAAGUAACUAGUAUGUUUGGUAAAGUACAUCAAAUAAACUUGUUCAUUUGCAGAA